AUGGUAGCAGGAAGGCUAAUCGUGACCAUCUGGGUGAUCGUGUCUCCGUCAAACUCCAAACAGAAAUACACUCUGAAGGUGAGUCAUGACAGUUUACCUGAGCAACUGAUUGCUGAGUCUAUCAGGAAGAAGAGCCGGUCGAUGCAUCUUUCACCUCAGCAGCUCCGCCUCUGUGUCCAGGAGUACCAGGGCCAGUACAUCCUGAAGGUGUGUGGCUGUGAUGAAUACCUGUUGGAGAAGUUUCCUCUCAGUCAGUACAAGUACAUCCGCUCCUGUAUCAUCGUUGGACGUCUUCCUCACCUGAUGCUCGUGUCCAAAGACAGUCUGUACUCUCAGCUUCCAGCCUCUGGCUUCGUCACACCAUCAUACAGCCGACGGACUCCUCAGCCUUCUCCCUGUCCAGGAGGAGGAGACGGAAGUCCUCCUCGGUCUCUGUGGGCCUUUAACACUCUGCUGAGGGUUCGGCUGCUGUGUGCGACCUACGUCAACGUCAACAUCCGGGACAUCGACAAGAUCUAUGUGAGGACGGGCAUCUAUCAUGGAGGAGAGCCGCUUUGUGACAAUGUCAACACACAAAGAGUCCCCUGCUCUAACCCCAGGUGGAAUGAGUGGCUGACCUAUGAUAUCUACCUGGCGGACCUCCCUCGCUCAGCCAGACUCUGUCUGUCCAUCUGCUCUGUAAAAGGAAGGAAAGGAGCCAAGGAGGAACAUUGUCCUCUGGCCUGGGGGAACGUCAACCUGUUUGACUAUCAGGACAUCCUGGUUUGUGGUAAAGUUGCUCUCAGUCUUUGGCCUGUCCCUCAUGGCCUUGAGGACCUGCUCAACCCCAUCGGAGUCGCUGGUUCAAAUCCCAACAAGGAGACUCCCUGUGUGGAGCUAGAGUUCUCCUGGUUCAACCAGACCGUUGUGUUUCCUGAUGAGCAGCAGAUCGAAGAACAUGCCAACUGGACCAUCAGUAGAGAACUGGGCUACAACUACUGCCAAGGCCUGAGCAGUCGUCUGGCCUGUGACAGCAGUGUUUCAGCAGCAGAUGCAGAGCAGCUUCGUUCUCUUUGUUCCAGAGAUCCUCUGUACGAGUUGUCAGAGCAGGAAAAGGACUUUCUCUGGAGACACAGACAUUACUGUGUAAACAUCCCAGAAUCUCUUCCUAAGCUGCUUCUGUCUGUCAAAUGGAACUCCAGAGACGAAGUGUCCCAGAUGUACUGUUUGUUGAAGGAGUGGCCUCUAAUGGAGCCCGAGUCGGCUCUGGAGUUGUUGGACUGUAACUUUCCUGAUCCGAUGGUCAGAGAGUUUGCUCUGCGCUGCCUGGUGCAAGGCCUGACGGACGACAAGCUGUCGCAGUACCUGCUGCAGCUGGUACAGGUGUUGAAGUAUGAGAUGUACCUGGACAAUCCUCUGGCUCGUUUCCUCAUCAAGAAGGCUCUGACCAAUCAGAGAAUCGGACACUUCUUCUUCUGGCAUCUAAAGUCAGAGAUGCACAAUAAAACAGUUUCCAGACGGUUUGGUCUGCUGCUGGAAGCUUUCUGCAGAGCCUGUGGCAUGUACCUGAAACAUCUGAACAGACAGGUGGAGGCGAUGGAUAAACUGGUGAAUCUGACCGACACACUGAAGCAGGAGAAAAAGGACGAGACACAGAAAACCCAGAUGAAGUUCCUGGUUGAACACAUGUCUCGUCCAGACUACAUGGAGGCUCUGCAGGGAUUCGUGUCUCCUCUGAACCCAGUUCACCAACUGGGAAACCUCAGGCUGGAGGAGUGUAGGAUCAUGUCAUCAGCGAAGCGCCCCCUGUGGCUGAACUGGGAAAACCCCGACAUCAUGUCUGAGCUGCUCUUCUCCAACAAUGAGAUCAUCUUCAAGAACGGAGACGACCUGCGUCAGGACAUGCUGACACUGCAGAUCAUCAAAAUCAUGGAGAACAUUUGGCAGAACCAAGGCUUGGACCUGCGCAUGCUGCCGUACGGCUGCCUGUCCAUCGGAGACUGUGUUGGGCUGAUCGAGGUGGUGAAGAACAGCUUCACCAUCAUGCAGAUUCAGUGCAAAGGAGGCCUGAAGGGGGCGCUGCAGUUCAACUCCAAUACACUGCACCACUGGAUCAAAGACAAGAACCGUGGGGAGGCGUAUGACCGGGCCAUCGACCUCUUCACCAGGUCGUGUGCAGGUUACUGUGUCGCCACCUUCAUCCUGGGAAUUGGAGACCGACACAACUCCAACAUCAUGUUGAAGGAGAACGGACAGCUGUUCCACAUUGACUUUGGUCACUUUCUGGAUCACAAGAAGAAGAAAUUUGGCUAUAAGAGGGAGCGCGUGCCCUUCGUCCUCACUCAGGACUUCCUUAUCGUCAUAAGUAAAGGCAUCCAGGAGUCCACCAAAACCAAGGAGUUUGAAAGGUUCCAGGAGAUGUGUUAUAAAGCUUACCUGGCCAUCCGGCAGCACGCCAGCCUCUUUAUCAACCUGUUCUCCCUCCUGCUGGGAUGCGGGAUGCCUGAACUGCAGAGCUUCGAUGACAUCGCAUACCUGAGGAAGACCCUGGCCCUAGAGAAGAGCCAGCAGGAGGCAUUGGAAUAUUUUACCAAGCAGAUGAACGAUGCUCAUCAUGGAGGCUGGAGCACCAAGAUGGACUGGAUCUUCCACACUAUCAGACACAUGCCCAACGAGCACUGAUGCACACACAGAUCCAGUGUAAUGAUUCUAAUCUGUAUCCCCUCACAGUAAUCA